CCCUCUCUGGUCCAACUUUUCUGCCACUUUCUCGUAGUUCUUCAUAUACCCCAUUCCCCAUCACAAUGCUCGGUCUCAGAAACCUCGCCCGCGCGGCUCCGCGGUCCGCUGCUCGCCUCUCCUCAAAAGCGAUCCGUCCGCAGUUGUCCCUUACUCGACCAGUUACUGCUCUCCCAGCGUGGGCACAAUCCGCACCGCGUCUAACAGCUUCCUUCCACCUCUCAGCGAUCCGGAGACAGGAAUCAGAUGUCAAGGAGGAGCUUGUCGCAAAGCUGCAGAAUGAGAUCACCAUGGAGGAGGACCUGAAGGAGGAUGAGGAUCUCUCCACCAACAUCAAGGAGUACCUCGAGAACAGCCCCUUUGAGCUUGAGGACAAGCCGGGACAUCAGGAGGUCACCCUAACUCGCACCUUCGGCGACGAGACGAUCCGCAUUACCUUCUCCACUUCCGAUCUGAACAACAACGUUCCCAACGAGGACAUGAACGACUCCGCCAUGUACGACGGCGAGGUUGACGACAUUAUCGACGGUCAGUCCGGCGGUGCCAGCACCAAGGGCGCCAUCAACCAGGGCAACACCCGCGAUGGAAACCUCCGCGUCGCACCCGAAGACCGCAUUGCUCCCGCCGACCGCGAGGAGCUCGACGACGAGUAUGACGAGGAUGCGGGCCAGCAAGGCUUCCCCGCCCACGCCAACAUCCGCAUCGAGCGACCCGGCAAGGGUGCUCUUGCCAUCGAUGCCACCGCUCAGGACGGUGAUUUCUUGAUAGAGGACCUGUGGUACUUCCCCACCGCCGAUCUUGCGGACCCCGCGACCGCGGAGAAGGACUGGGCGAGGCGGACGCUGUACACCGGCCCGCCCUUCAACAACCUCGACGAGGACCUCCAGGUUCUGCUCGAGAAGUACCUCGAGGAGCGUGGCAUCAACACCCGGAUGGCACUGUUCAUCCCCGACUACAUAGACCACAAGGAGCAGAAGGAGUACAUCCGGUGGUUGGAGAACGUCAAGAAGUUUGUUGAGUAAGCGCACGCUUACUGACGCGCAGCUUGUAAUUUGUCGAUGACGCUUCCCCUUUUGUAUUAUCUCCCAUCUUCUAGCUCCAAGGGUUGCGGCGUCUGGGCUAUGUAAAAUAUCUGUUUUGAUGGUGGUCGAGGAGCAUCUCCGAUCAUAUGUUCUAGUGCGAAGUAUGAUGAAAGUUAAGAUACCUGAAAUGUAAACCGCAAAAAGCGUGAUUCCACUCAAGAAC